AUGUAAGGAGCUCCAGUGAUUGUUGUGAAUGCUAAUACAAAAAGAGAAUAAGGAAGAAAGGCUUAAUUGGGAAAUAUAUAAGCAGCUAAGGCUGUAUCAGAUAUAGUCCUAACUACUCUUGGUCCUCGUUCGAUGUUAAAAAUGUUAUUAGAUCCAAUGGGAGGAAUAGUAAUGACAAAUGAUGGAAAUGCUAUUCUAAGGGAAAUUGAUGUUCAACAUCCAGCAGCUAAGAGUAUGAUUGAAUUAGCAAGAGUAUUAUUAACUUUUUAUAAUUAAAAGGCUUAAGAUGAAGAAGUUGGAGAUGGAACUACAUCAGUUAUAAUUUUGGCAGGUGAAAUGAUGGUUGCAGCUAGACCAUUCAUAGAAAAGAAUAUUCAUCCUACUGAAAUUGUUAAUGGUUAUUUUAAGGCUUUAGAAGAUUCACUUUCAAUAUUGGAUGAAAUUGCAUAAUAGAUUGACACUGAAAAAAAAGAAGAAGUUAUGAAAGCUUUGUAAUCUUGUAUAGGUACUAAAUUUGCAUUCAGAUGGGGAACAUUAAUAAGUGAUCUUUCUUUAUAAGCUACAAGAAUUGUUUUAAGAGGUGGAAAUGUUAAUAAAUUGAAUUUGGAAAUCAAGAGAUAUGCAAAAGUAGAGAAAAUUCCUGGUGGAACACUUGAAGAAAGUUGUGUUCUUGAAGGAGUCAUGAUUAAUAAAGAUGUUACUCAUCCAAGAAUGAGAAGAGAAAUUAAAAAUCCAAGAAUCAUUUUAUUAGAUUGUACAUUAGAAUACAAAAAGGGAGAAUCUAUGACUAAUAUGGAAAUGACAAAAGAAUCAGAUAUGACUGAUGCACUUUAAUAAGAAAUUAAUGAAGUUGCAUUAAUGUGUAAUGAUAUAUUAAAACAUAAACCUGAUAUUGUUAUUACAGAAAAGGGAGUAUCUGAUUUGGCUUAACAUUUCUUAUUAAAAGGGNAAAUAAAUUAAAUGAUAUGA